CCGGCCCGGCCCGCGUCGCUGGCCUCCAUGCCCGGAGGGGUGGGGGCGGCCUCCCGCGGGAAGGACCCGCAUCUGGGAGAACCACUUCCACUUCCCAGCCCCAGAGGCUCCCGGGAGCUCGAUCGUGAGCCGCCUGGUUCCCGCUUCCCCUCCGGUCCCAGCCGGGCUCCUCUCCACGUCCCCAAGGGGCCUGGCCAGGGACUUGGACCAGCAAAUCGGCGCACCGAUCACGCCCGCACCAUAACUGGGGCCCACCAAGAGGUCGUCCCUGACCCCCACCCAAACCUGCUCUUCUGCUUUGUUGCCCCCUCCCCAGAGUGCAGGGUCCCCAAAGGCUGCAUCUGCCGGCUGCCCCAGCCCAACGAGAGAAGUGGACAUGAGGUUGGCAGGUGGGUGGCUUCCACCGUGAAAGGGAGUCUUGGAAAGCAGACUCGGCUGGAGGCCCAGCUGCCCAGAGGCCCCCUUCGCAUCGUGGCCCUGGUCAUCACUGUGGCUGUCACCUGGAUCGUAGUCAGCAUCCUCCUUGGUGGCCUUGGCUUUCCUCGGAUCCAGCAACUCUUCGCCAGCCAAGAGAACUCAGUGACUGCAGAGCCGCGGGCCAGGAAGUACAAAUGCGGUCUGCCCCAGCCGUGCCCCGAGGAGCACCUGGCCUUCCGUGUGGUCAGCGGCGCUGCCAACGUCAUUGGACCCAAGAUCUGCCUGGAAGACAGGAUGCUCAUGAGCAGUGUCAAGGACAACGUGGGCCGGGGACUGAACAUUGCCCUGGUGAAUGGGGUAAAUGGAGACCUCAUCGAGGCCCGCGCCUUUGACAUGUGGGCGGGAGAUGUCAACGACCUGCUGAAGUUCAUCCGGCCGCUUCACGAAGGCACCCUAGUGUUUGUGGCUUCCUACGAUGACCCAGCCACCAAGAUGAAUGAAGAGACCCGGAAGCUUUUCAGUGAUCUGGGCAGCAAGAACGUCAAGGACCUGGCCUUCCGGGACAGCUGGGUGUUUGUGGGGGCCAAGGGUGUGCAGAAUAAGAGCCCCUUUGAGCAGCACAUGAAGAAUAGCAAGCACACCAAUAAGUACGAAGGCUGGCCCGAAGCGCUGGAAAUGGAGGGCUGCAUUCCCAGGAGGCCCACAGCCAGCUAGGGGCCAGACUCGCAGAUGAAACUGAGUAAGGCUGCAUGUGCCCGGCCCCUGACGAGGCGCCAGCACAGGGCUGAGGCCCCGACCCCAUGCCCAGCACGUCAGGGCUUUGAGGUGGUGACCAGCGACCAGACCGUGACCAGUAGUGGGGGCUGCCCAGUGGACCUGUCGCACUCUGUGUCCGUGGGGAACCCCAAGUACCUGUCUCCUUUUCCGAAAGCUGCUCCUCUAGUCCACCCCCAGCCAGGCAAGUCCCAAGCACUUGCAGCCCCAGGUUUGGUAGUGGCUGCCUAGAAGGUUUGGGCAUCUUCCAGAACCUCUGCAUCCCAGAGUGCCUUGUGGCUCCAUGGGCCAGGCCUGUUUCCAGCAUGAUUCAUCAUGCUGGGCCACCUGGCCACCUCCAGGGAGGGGCGGCCACCUUGGAGCCAGGCCAGCUGUGUGCUGAGGUUGCAGCCUGAUGGCAGUCUCUGGAGUGGCAGGUGGCCACCCCUAUGGUUGGUCAGAGGGCCUGCCUUCUCCAUGACCUCUUAAUAAACUGGUGGCCCCCAAUAGAA